ACAAUCCAGAGCAGUUAUGGAGACACAACAGUCAUGAACAGAGGAACAUUAGGAGCCACAUAAUUUCGCAUUGAGCGUCAUGUCAACACAAUCAGACUGCAAGACUUUAUGUCCUAUAAGGAUUAACGUUGUAUUAAUGUAAUUCAGCGACUGAAGUUAUUGUUUUUAUAAAUGGAUGACAGACCGAAGGAGCAUCACACACAAAGACAAGACACAUCAGCUGUAAGACAUCGAAAACCAUGCAAGGUAAACGAAAUGUGUGAAAGCGUCCUCCAAGCCAAAGCUGUGCAACCCCCUUCUGGAGUAUCUGAUAAACCCUUCACAUAUGAUCAUAUUAAUAGACUGACUUUUAAUGGAGCAAAUAAAAAGCUUCUCAAGCGAGGAGGACACCUUAAUCCUCCCUCCCGAGAUGACCAUGUGCCAGUUUACACUUGGGUCCUGGUGUUUUUGCUCUCUGUAUGUACACGCUUUUACAAGAUCACUGAGCCUCCCCAUGUUUGUUGGGAUGAGACUCAUUUUGGGAAAAUGGGCAGCUAUUAUAUUAAUCGCACCUUCUUCUUUGAUGUCCAUCCACCACUUGGAAAGAUGCUUAUUGGUCUUGCUGGAUACUUGACAGGCUAUGAUGGCACCUUUCCUUUCAUAAAACCAGGGGACAAAUAUGAGCACCACAACUACUGGGGGAUGCGAGGGGUCUGUGCAGCUUUUGGUUCCUGUCUGCCUCCUUUUGCCUUCCUAAUUGUUUUGGGGCUGUCGCGUUCUACACAAGCAGCGCUCAUUGCAGCUUGUCUACUUAUCUUUGACACUGGCUGCAUCACCCUCUCUCAAUACAUCCUUUUGGAUCCCAUUCUGAUGUUUUUCAUCAUGGGCUCUGUUCUGAGUAUGGUCAGAUUCAACACAUACAGACUCGGGCCUUUUAGCUUUUCUUGGUGGCUGUGGCUGCUUCUAACUGGGGUCUGCCUCUCCGGGUCUCUCGGGGUAAAGUUUGUGGGGCUGUUUGUAAUACUCUUGGUGGGAAUCAACACUGCAUUGGAUCUCUGGAGGUUACUUGGAGACCUCAGUUUGUGUCUGGUGGAUUUUGGGAAGCACUUGAUAGCUCGAGUUUUUGGGUUGAUAAUGCUUCCAAUGUUCCUAUACACUACAAUAUUUGCUGUCCACUUUAUAGUUUUAAACAAAAGCGGUCCUGGAGAUGGUUUCUUUAGCUCAGCUUUCCAGUCUCGCUUGAUUGGAAACAAUCUGCACAAUGCCUCAAUGCCAGAGUACCUGGCAUAUGACUCUAUUGUAACAGUAAAGAAUUUGCGAAUAGCCGGAGGUUAUCUGCACUCUCACUGGCACCUUUAUCCAGAAGGGGUUGGAGCUCAUCAGCAGCAGGUUACAGCCUAUCUGCACAAAGAUUAUAACAACCUGUGGUUGGUCAAGAGACCUGACAAUUCUGUGGAUCAAACAGGGUCCCCAGAGCUUGUCCGACAUGGUGACAUUAUUAAAUUGGAACACAAAGAAACUACCAGGAAUCUUCACAGUCAUCUACAUGAGGCUCCACUAACCAAAAAACACCUGCAGGUCACGGGUUACGGCAUUAAUGGAACUGGAGAUGCUAAUGACUUGUGGCAGGUGGAGUUGUGUGGAGGGAGGAAGGGAGAUCCAGUGAAGGUGCUGCGUAGUAAAGUGCGCUUUCUCCAUCGCUCCACAGGCUGUGUGCUUUUCUCUUCUGGAAAGACCCUCCCCAAGUGGGGAUGGGAACAGGUUGAGGUCACAUGUAGUCCAUAUGUCAAGGAGACCCCCAACUCACAGUGGAAUAUUGAGGAUCACAUCAACCCAAAAUUGCCCAACAUCAGUCUGUCAGUGCUUAAACCCACUUUUCUGGAGAUUCUUUGGGAGUCUCAUAUUGUUAUGAUAAGGGGAAACAGUGGUUUGAAGCCCAAAGAUAACGAGGUAAAUUCUAAGCCCUGGCACUGGCCCAUCAACUAUCAGGGUUUGAGGUUCUCUGGAGUAAAUGAGACUGAAUACCGUGUUUAUCUCCUGGGCAACCCUAUAAUCUGGUGGCUAAACCUGUUCAGUCUGGGUCUAUUUGUUGUCAUGGUGAUUGUGGCCUCUUUGGCAGUGCAGAGAGGUGUAAAGCUGGAGGGAAUAAGGUUAGUGCACUGUCACAUUUUAAUGGAGGGUGGAGGAAUGCUGCUUCUGGGCUGGCUGCUGCACUACCUGCCUUUUUACAUCAUGGGUCGUAUACUCUACUACCACCAUUACUUUCCUGCCAUGCUGUUCAGCAGUAUGCUCACAGGUGUUACCCUGGACAUCUUUCUACAGAAUUUAGAUCUCCUUUUUAGUCCAUCCAUAUCAGAGUAUCUUUUUAGGGGAGGUCAAUCUAUGCUCCUGUUAGGGUUACUUUACAGCUUUUACCUCUUCCACCCGCUCUCCUAUGGUAUGAGGGGGCCAUUGGCACACGACCCUGCCUCCUCUAUGGCUGGGCUCAGGUGGAUGGAAUCUUGGGAAUUUUAGACCAUAUUUUGAAGUGCUUGGAACUGUACUGGAUAAUUUGUGGACUGCUGCUAAAAAAAGAAAGAAAAAAAAAAAGACAUGCGGAUGCAGCCAAUUUUCUUGUUUUAUUUUUAGAGACAACUGUACAAAUUUUAAUUGUACAAGUUUUAUCCAAUGGUUUACUUGUUACACAAACUUUAUUUUUAAAACAAUAAGUGAUGGUCCUGUUUCACAAAACUGUGAUCUGAAUGCACAUUUUGUCAUUUCAGUGUCAGGCCAGCACUCGCUGUGACUCCCUGAGGGAAAAUUAUGCUGAUCGCUGAACCUUUUUUAAAUAGUAUUUUAAGGUUACAGUAUUUUACAGUGAAGUUGCUUAGUGUUUAACAGCUGUAGCUCAACUGAAAUAAAUGGAUAGAAUUGA